GCAGGAGCCGCCAGAGGACAAGGCGCUGCGGGUUGGGCGACUGCUGGAGACCAGCGCUCUCCGCCCCCGGGUUUAAACACUCGGGGUGUGCGGGGCUGAAGGGGGACGCCCGCCAGGAGCGGCUGGGAGCUGCCGCCGGCAGCCCGGGGAAAGGGAGCGAGCGCUUUGUCCUGCGGAGCCGGUCUCCUCCUCCACUGGUGCAAGCCCUCAGGUUUCACUAAGCUGGUCUCAGCUGAGAUGCCAGAUAAAACACCAGGGAGUUCAGAAACCAUCUCCAGGAAUGAAGAUGACUACCAUUUGCCUCUUGAUGUCCUACAUGCUGUGACAGAUUGUCCUGACCCCAGGACAACAAAGGAAGACUUGUGCAGCGGGAACAGACCUUUCCGCUACUGUGGAAUAAAUACCAUGGAACUGUCAGACAGCGACCGUCCUGUCAGCUUCAGUUCCACAUCCUCCUCUGUCUCCUCCAGGGACAGCCACUGCUCCUUUGGCAGCAGAAUGACCUUAGUUUCAAACAGCCAUUUGGGUUUGUUUAACCAGGAUAAGGAUGCAGGGGCCAUAAAACUAGAGCUGAUUCCAGCCAGGCGAUUUUCCAGCAAUGAGCUACAAAGAUGUAACCCCACAGAGCAACAGAACACCAAGGAAAGCCUUGAAAAAAGGCCAAAUAUGCCAAGGAAAGCUGAAUCUAAGGGAACGAACAAAAACUGUGCUAUGUCCUUGGUCACAGAGCCCACAAGUCCAAAGCUGCUCUAUGUUGACAGAGUUGUCCAAGAAAUUCUGGAGACUGAAAGGACGUACGUGCAGGAUUUAAAGAGCAUUGUAAAGGACUACCUUGAUUGCAUCACUGACCAAUCCAAGCUCUCCCUGGGGACAGAAGAACGAUCAGCCCUGUUUGGAAACAUACAAGAUAUCUACCAUUUCAACAGCGAACUUUUGCAAGAUUUGGAAAACUGUGAAAAUGACCCUGUGGCUAUUGCAGAAUGUUUUGUUUCAAAGAGUGAAGAUUUUCACAUAUAUACACAGUACUGCACCAAUUAUCCAAGAUCAGUGGCUGUGCUAACAGAGUGCAUGAGGAACAAGACACUGGCCAAAUUCUUCAGAGAACGGCAAGAAGCUUUACAACACUCUCUCCCCUUGGGAUCAUAUCUCUUAAAACCUGUCCAACGAAUCUUAAAGUACCACCUGCUUUUGCAUGAAAUAGAAAACCACCUUGACAAGGACACUGAGGGUUAUGAUGUGGUGCUAGAUGCCAUAGAUACAAUGCAGAGAGUGGCAUGGCAUAUUAAUGACAUGAAGAGGAAACAUGAACAUGCUAUCAGGCUGCAGGAGAUACAAAGUUUACUCACUAACUGGAAAGGGCCAGAUCUCACUAGCUAUGGGGAGCUGGUUUUAGAAGGAACAUUCCGUAUUCAACGAGCCAAAAAUGAGCGCACUUUGUUCCUCUUUGACAAACUGCUGCUUAUUACAAAGAAGAGAGAAGAAAUGUUUACAUACAAAGCUCAUAUAUUGUGUGGCAAUCUCAUGCUUGUUGAAGUAAUACCAAAGGAACCACUUAGCUUUAGUGUCUUCCACUACAAAAACCCCAAGAUGCAGCACACCGUGCAGGCUAAAUCACAGCAAGAUAAACGCCUUUGGAUUCUUCACUUGAAGAGAUUAAUUCUAGAAAAUCACCCUGCUAAAAUUCCUGCUAAGGCCAAGCAGGCAAUUCUAGAAAUGGAUGCAAUACAUCAUCCAGGAUUCCACUAUACACCGGAGGAAGAAAUGAAAGCAUCAUAUAAUUCUAAAGAAGGUCUUACCCCACGGAGAGUGAGAACCAAGUCAGAACCUUCGUCUAGAGUCCAUAAAGUUAUGAAGCCAAGCGAAAUAAGUCCAGAGAUGCACAAGCGGAGCAGUAUUGAAGGAGCCCUGCUUUCUCAGGCUGCCAAGCUGGGAUCAAGUGAAGCCCUGCUCAGUUCUAGGAAAAAAGGUUCAUUGAAUCUCAGUGGGCUUGUGAAUGAAUUUCAAGGGUCCAUUGAACCAGCCUACAGCAGUGAUCAAGAUGAAAAUCUCCAUCCAUGUGCUACAGAACAGAUAGAUGCUGAUGAUGAGGAAGAGUGUGAACAGGGCACACACAAAAAUUCACAGCAAAAACCAAAAGGAGGUAGAAAAAGACUUAAUAGCCAAGCUGCUGAAAAUGUUGAAAAACGAAGAAGUGUUAAUCUCAACAAAUGUGAAAUGCAGAGCUCCAAAGAUCCUUCAGAUGAAGAAUCUACCCAGGUGAAUACAGACCUUUCCUUUUCCUGUUCUGCUAGGCAGCCAUCUAGACAGUUUAGCACAUCGCAGAACAACUCACUAAUCAUGGAUAUCCUGGGGGGAACUGUGAGAAACAUCUGGACUGACCAUCAGAUCAGACAAACCUUGUUUCCCAGUAGACGGCCAGCUCAGGAGAAUGAAGACGAUGAAGAUGAUUAUCAGAUGUUUGUACCAUCGGUAUCUACAUCCAAUUCAAGUUCAAUUGUGUGUGAAGAGAGGGCUGCUUCAGGUCGUCCAUGCAGUUGGCACGUGGGAUUAAUUAAUCAAAAUGAGAUCUCCGGCUCCAGUCAUCAUAGAAUUGUUAGACGGGCCAGUAGUGCUGGUGAAAGUAACUCUUGCCCAAAUAAUGCAAGACAUAGAGGCAAUGACUUUGUCCAGCACAGAAGGGAAGUGAAAAGUAGUUCUAGAACUGAUGUGGGCAAUAUCAGUCCUUACCCAGAAUCUUCAGAAGAGCUGACCAUUGAUGAUAUAGAGCAUGUCUAUGAUAAUAUAAGUUAUGAAGAUUUAAAACUGAUGGGUCUGACUAGAAGGAAAGAGUCUGGUCAUGGUCCCCAAAGAUCUGCUAGAGACUCUCUCCACAAAAGCCGAAACAAAAGAAGCUUGGUGGAAGCAGCCUCUGAAAAAAGGCAGGCAAAUCAAAAUAGGACCUCCAUUCUUUCUAGUAAAGAUGAAAUCCUACUCAGAAGAGAGGCACCAACUUUAAGUUCACAUGAGCUCAGGAUUGUUGAGGAGAACAUCUAUGACACCAUAGUGCUUCCAGAACCACCACUUUUGAAUUUCAAAUGCAACCGUCUUAAAUGUUCUAAAAGGAGGAGUUUUUUGGGCCUGGAAACAGACUUUGCAUGUUGUGAUAAUCUAAGGCAGUUUGUUUCUGAAGAGAGUCUCCAGUUCAGUGAAGAUGAAAGUCCAUAUCAUUAUGUUCCUUUAGAUAACGACUAUUUGAGCUUAGUAGAUAGCUCCUCCAACUCUGAUUCACUCUCCCACAAGUCUGCAGCUGAUAAACUAUCUGAAGAAGUAGAUGAGAUCUGGAAUGACCUGGAGAAUUACAUCAAGAAGAAUGAAGAAAAGACAAGAGACCAUGUCCUGGCAGCCUUUCCUGUUUGUAAAGAUGAUAUGCAGGAAAGACUCCAUGUUGGAAGUACUCCUGAACUGAGUAAGGAUGUGGAAUAUUCACUUUCCACACACUCACUGCCAGAAAGGCCUGUUUUCCCUAAAACUUUGAAACACAGGGUAGCCAGAUUAAGUGAGGCCAGUCUCAGAUUUGAUGAAGCAACAUCAUCUAAAGAUAAUUCAUUUCUGAGUCUUAACAGAUCUUCCUUCUCCAGUGAGUUGCCUUUCAUAGACAGCCCUUAUGAAUCUGCCAAUAGUAUUCUAUCCAAUGCACAUACAGAGAGCACUGACAAUGAAAUGGAUAUUGUGGAUAAAACAAAAAACAGAGUCUUUAUGAUGGCAAGGCAAUACAGUCAAAAAAUUAAGAAGGCCAAUCAACUUUUGAAGGUAAAAAGUCCAGAGCAGGAACAGCCAUCCAGCCAGCAACAGAAACUGAGGCAUAAAGAUCUUGCGGCCAUUUUGGAGGAGAAGAAACAAGGGGGUCCUGCCAUUGGUGCCAGAAUUGCUGAAUAUUCCCAGCUUUAUGACCAGAUUGUUUUUAGAGAGACUUCAUCCAAAAUGCAAAAGGAUACUUGGGCCACUCCUCAGAAACCAUCAGCCUUAAGGUAUUCAUCCCCAGUGUCAAUAUCUCCUUCUCCUUCUCAGUUAGCUAGUGAACGCUUAAGGGCAGAGGACUGGCUUUUGCAUUCUACAUACAGUAAUGGAGAACUAGCUGAUUUCUCUCCCUGGUCCGAAGUCCAAGAUCUGAAGUCAAAGAGCUCCUCUGUAGAGAGCGGUACAAAAAGCAAUUCAAGACAAUUGCCAUCAGCCUGCUCAGUGCCUUCCCUUCAGAUUUCUACACAGCUGCAUGGCCCAGCGCAAAGGUGGAGUGCUAUUAUUAGUCAGCCUAACAAAGAGAAUUUACACCAAGAUCACAUUUAUAACUCACUAGGAAAAAAAGCAAAUCAUACAAAAUCACAAUCAUACAGCAGGUCACAAUCCUCUUCUUCAAUUGUGGUCAAUCGGUCUGAGGAACCAAUAACUUACUUAAAUGAAAUGGACAAGAAACAGCUGUACUCAAAUAGUAAUUUUAGAUCUGACAGCCAGGAGUCUGUGCCAAAUGCUGCUUCAGGAUUCACAGUAUGUAAUGUGAUGAAGCAGUUCCCUGAAAACUGUUCAGAGAUGAUUCUUCAAGACUCUCAAAAAGUUCUGAGAGUGAACAAGAACUCACCGCUAAAUGCACAAAUAGCUACGCAGAACUAUUUUUCUAAUUUCAAAGACACUGCAGAAGGAGAAGAGGAUGAUGAUGACUAUGUUGAAAUAAAGUCUGAAGAUGAAAGGUCUGACUUAGAGACUUCCCAGAACCAAACAAAGAAAUCAGACCCAAAGAGAAACAAUGUAGACUCUGCUUCUUCUGAGACUCUGUGUAGCAAAAGCAUGUCUUGUACUCCUGGAAAACCAGUGAAUAGCAAACUUGCCCUUACCCCAUACCUGACUGCAUACAAUGAUUCAGAUAAACUGAAUGACUACCUGUGGAGUGUUCCGUCUCCUAAUCAGCAGAAUAUUGUCCAGUCUUUAAGGGAAAAGUUUCAGUGUCUUAGCUCAAGUAGUUUUGCUUGACACUUUCAAUAAUUUCUAAUUGUACUGCCUUAACAUGUCAGAGUAUACAUUAGUACAACCAGUACUGGCAUGCUGUAUUUUAAUAAUGUGUAGACAUUGAGCACUGUAUCACAGUAAUAUUAGGAAAUGUAGAUGUGCAGUGUACCUUUUUUACAGUACAGAAAGUUAAAGUGGCCAGGCGUGCACUGUCUGGGAUUAAGAUCUACUUGUAUCUUUAUAAUGCAGACUGAUUUUUCCUAAUCUGUCUCAUUUAACUUUACAUAUAUUUUACAUCUCCCUUCUUUCUCCUGUCUCUCCACGUGGAAAUCCUAGUAUUCAGACUGUUGGAAGGUAGCCAGUGCUGAGUCCAAAAAUGCAUGUACAAUUACUGUAAUUGCACAUGUGAAUGCUGAGUUGAGCAUCUAGCCAUCUGACUAGGCAAAAUACUAGAUUUCUGAGCACACUUGGGGGAAUUGCACCAACAAACUCGGUGUGCAGUUGCGCACACAUUUUUGCACAUGAUCUUUUGAAAAUCAGGCUCCAGGUCUGUGGGACCAUGCAUAAAACACAAUAUAUACGACUACUGUAGAAAAAAGAAUUAUUACAUUUUAAAUAAAUUUGCUUGUGAAUGCUGCCAGAUUGAUAACCCUGGUGUCUGAAGACAUUAUCCUUACUACAGCUCCAUAACAGCUAAAGCACAGGCAAUGGCAUCUUCCCCUGUACCAGCCUGGCAGAGUGCCUCAGUCCUGUCCUGGAGCUUAUUAGCUUUAGGAAAUGAGAGGGUAAUUCAGUUUCUAGGCCAAUUCAAUGUUUGAGCUUGUGGAGACUGCAAAUACCUAUUGUGAUUGUGGUGUUUAUAAUAUGGACACCUUUCUAUUAAGAACAAGACCAUCAGUAGCAGAUAAUUGUAAGUUGUAGGUGAAAGCUCUUGGCUUUUCUAGUAUUUGUAAGAUGGCGGGUUCCUUUGGCUACAUUUAUAGGUCUUGUCAUUCAAUACCAAAUGCUCAUGAUGAGGCUUCUUGCAAUCUGAUCCUCUCUUAGUUCUGAACAUACUGUAGUUCUCAAAAUGUCCAUUGUCAACCUAAUUUAAUGUAAAAGGUAAAAAGGGUUGUGCUAUCUACAUUAGAAAUGAGGUAUCAUCUUCAUACACUUUCAUUAUUUACCAAUAGUGUAUGGCCGCUAAGAAGACUUUUUUUAAAGACCCUCUGAAAUAGUGUGUUUUUCUUUAUAAGAGUAGUAACAUUUCUGUCUUAAAUAUCAGAAAAGUUAAAGGAAGCAAACUAUAAUAGCAAAUGUGUUUAUGUCAAAAGUCAUUAGCUCAUAUCAUCUUAAGGCAAGAAAUACCUUAAGGUUGAGUUGACAUUGACUUUGAGGGCCUAAUUCAACUCUCAUUAAAGUCAUAAUCCUCAAUUUUUGACAUUACUUUUUGGUUAGCAGCCAUCUGUGAACAAACAGGAGAAUAGGUCAUGUAAGACCAAAGUUCCUGUUACAUACAUAUAAAUAAAAGGAGUUGGAAGAAAAAUUGAGGGCAUGAUGCAUUGGCAAUUAUUUUCCUAAAGAGAGAGUUUUUCAAACUUUUCACUAAAGUAUCAGUUUCUCUGUCAGGGAAGAAUGUGGGAAGAUCUUUCUCUGUCUGUUUCUCUCUUAAGUCAGUAAGAGAGACCUGACUUAAAAAUAUUCUCCAAUACCUUUUGUUGGUCCAGGUUUUCCACUACCUUUAGAAAUAAGAUGACCUAUACAGUGAUGGGGAUGAAAAUGUUCAUUUGUCAUACAGACCAAAAUGGAAUAUCUGGGAUUAAAUAGGGGAUGAGGA